UAUAUCUUCAUUAACAAAUGGUUUGAUUGGGUGUGUACGUCUUCCACACUACAAUUAUAUCAUGCUUCUCCGGCAUAAACUCUAUCAUCGUUUCUCGUCCCUUUCCUCCUUCUCUUCUCCUUCUCCUCCUCUUUCCAUUUUCCCCUCUUCUUUUCCAUUUAUCCGUUCUCCUGGGUUUCCAAGAAUUCAUCACAGAAACACAGUAAAAUCCUUGAAGAGCAAUAUGACUACCUCCAGAUUCCUUAAUCUUGUACCUAUCAGAGCUGCUGUUGCUGAAGAUGGCACCGUUGGAUCUAAUGGCUCUGUUUCGUCUUCCACCAUUGCAGAUGAAGAAAAUUCUUCACUGAGUGGUGGAUAUCGUCUUCCUCCUCCGGAAAUUAGAAACAUUGUUGAUUCACCACCUCUUCCUGCGUUGUCAUUUUCUCCGCAGAGGGACAAAAUAUUAUUUCUCAAGCGCAGAGCUUUGCCUCCACUCUCAGACCUAGCAAGGCCUGAGGAAAAGCUUGCUGGAAUUCGCAUUGAUGGAAAAUGCAAUACUAGGAGUAGGAUGUCAUUCUACACUGGUAUUGGGAUUCAUCAAUUAAAGGAUGAUGGAACAUUGGGGCCUGAGAAAGAGGUACAUGGCCUUCCUGAUGGUGCUAAGAUCAAUUUUGUUAGCUGGUCAAACGAUGGUCGGCAUUUAUCUUUUACCAUUCGAGUUGAUGAGGAGAACAGUAGCAGCAAGCUUAGCGUAUGGGUUGCAGAUGUGGAGACAGCAAAAGCAAGGCCUUUGUUUCAAUCACCAGAUAUCUAUGUAAACGCAAUUUUUGAUAAUUUUGUUUGGGUAAGUGACUCCAUGUUAUUGGUCUGCACUAUUCCUUCGUCUCGUGGGGUCCCGCCAUAUAAGCCAUUGGUUCCUUCUGGUCCCAAAAUUCAAUCAAAUGAGCAAAAGAACAUUGUUCAAGUCAGAACAUUCCAGGAUUUGCUGAAGGAUGAAUAUGACGAAGAUUUGUUUGACUACUAUGCCACCUCACAGCUUAUUCUGGCCUCACUGGAUGGGACAAUAAAGGAAAUUGGCCCACCUGCUAUAUAUACAUCAUUGGAUCCUUCCCCAGAUCAAAAAUACCUUUUGAUUAGUUCAAUUCACCGCCCAUACUCAUUUAUUGUACCAUGUGGAAGAUUUCCCAAGAAAGUCGAUGUUUGGACGACUGAUGGGAAGUUUGUCAGAGAACUUUGUGAUCUGCCUCUUGCAGAGGACAUUCCCAUAGCUUUCAAUAGUGUGCGAAGCGGGAUGCGUUCAAUCAACUGGAGAGCAGAUAAGCCAUCAGCACUCUACUGGGCAGAGACACAAGAUGGAGGCGAUGCAAAGAUGGAGGUUUCUCCACGUGAUAUAAUUUAUACACAACCUGCUGAGCCGCAGGAUGAUGUACAGCCUGAGGUUUUGCACAAGCUUGAUCUUCGGUUUAGUGGUAUCUCAUGGUGUGAUGAAUCCUUGGCCCUAAUUUACGAAUCUUGGUACAAGACACGCCGAACAAGAACUUGGGUUAUUUCUCCUGGAUCUAAAGAUGUAAAUCCACGCAUACUAUUUGACAGAUCAUCAGAAGAUGUCUACUCUGAUCCUGGUUCUACAAUGUUGCGAAGAACUCAUGCUGGGACCUAUGUUAUUGCAAAGGUAAAGAAGGAAAAUGAUGAUGGGACUUAUGUUUUACUGAACGGAAGUGGUGCAACACCAGAAGGGAACGUACCAUUUCUUGAUUUGUUUGACAUAAAUACAGGUAACAAAGAACGAAUAUGGGAGAGUGACAAGGAAAAAUAUUAUGAGACAGUUGUUGCUUUGAUGUCAGAUCAAAAUGAGGGUGAUGUGUACAUUAAUAACCUGAAAAUACUGACUUCCAAAGAAUCAAAAACAGAAAACACCCAGUAUUAUAUACAGAGUUGGCCGGAUAAGAAAAUAUGUCAGAUUACUAACUUUCCCCAUCCAUACCCUCAGCUGGCCUCAUUACAGAAGGAGAUGAUCAGAUAUCAGAGGAAGGAUGGUGUCCAACUUACUGCAACCCUAUACCUACCCCCAGGCUAUGAUCCCUCAAAGGAUGGCCCUCUUCCGUGUUUGGUAUGGUCUUACCCUGGAGAGUUUAGGAGCAAAGACGCUGCUGGACAAGUUCGUGGUUCUCCUAAUGAGUUUGCGGGCAUAGGUCCAACAUCGGCCCUACUUUGGCUGGCUAGAAGGUUUGCUAUUCUAUCUGGACCAACAAUACCAAUCAUAGGUGAAGGUGAUGAGGAGGCAAAUGACAGGUAUGUAGAGCAGCUUGUGGCAAGUGCGGAGGCUGCUGUUGAGGAAGUUGUACGUCGAGGGGUGGCUCAUCCAAACAAAAUUGCUGUUGGUGGUCAUUCAUAUGGGGCAUUCAUGACAGCUAACCUCCUAGCACAUGCUCCUCAUCUCUUCUGUUGUGGAGUUGCACGCUCAGGAGCUUACAACAGAACGCUUACCCCUUUUGGUUUCCAGAAUGAGGAUAGAACACUUUGGGAGGCCACUUCCACUUAUGUGGAGAUGAGUCCUUUCAUGUCAGCUAACAAAAUUAAGAAGCCUAUCUUACUUAUCCAUGGAGAGGAAGACAAUAAUUCAGGGACACUAACGAUGCAGUCGGAUCGUUUCUUCAAUGCUUUGAAGGGACACGGUGCACUCUGCCGCUUAGUGGUGCUUCCUUUUGAGAGCCAUAGUUAUUCUGCACGAGAGAGCAUUCUGCAUGUUCUUUGGGAGACUGAUAGGUGGCUGCAGAAUUAUUGUGCUUCAAAUGUUUCUGAUGUGGUUACAGAUAUUGACAAAGGUAAAGAUGAUGGAAACAUGAAAGAUUCUGAAAGCAAAACGACAACUGUUGGUGGAGGAGGAGGUUCUGAACUGGAAGAUACCGAGUGGGAAGGAUUUCUGUCUACGCCAAGGUCAUCAUUGUGGAACAGAUGCUGAAUUUGUUCGUGGGGGACUUCCAUUAUUUCAGAUCCGAAUUUGGGUAAGUUACACGGUUCACGCCAGUGAGUAUCUGCCAAGCCGUUGCUUCUGGGAUGUAUAAUACAUGGUUAUUGUCCUUCAAAUUGCAUUUAAUUCAGCCAGCACUUGCUUGCACCACAUCCUGCAUGUAUAUGGCCCUCACCCUGUAUUUGCGCUGGCUCCUGAUUUUUUUCUCCUGCACCUCAUCCUGGGAAUUAUAUAAUCAGUGACAUCCUCUUUUCUUUACCCAAUGAUGCAAAUGAAUGCAUACACUUGCACCGUAAUUGGAGCAAAUGUACCAGUCUUCAUGAUUAAUUCAUCCAGAUAAGGCUUUUAUAUCAAUAGAACAUGCUGAAGCUUGCUUAAUAAUGGCUUCAGAGAUGGCUGAUUAUGAUUGUAUUGUUAUCGAACCUGCGAACCUAUCAUUUUUUCUGCUGUUAAAUUUGUACAUCUCUUUCUUUAUACUACCUCAUGGUUCCCAGUGACUGGGUUUGACAAGGUAAUAAAUGAAUUUAUGCUGUCAAA